AUGCUCGCAAACGGUGGAGGCACACUAGCGGCUUCCGGUGGAUGUGUUGCCGGAACAGCUCCGCAAACAACCUCAAUUUUUAGCCCGUCGAAUGGUAACGGCACCACCAAUGGUAUGACGGCUGCGCAAGCUGCCGCAGCUUCAGUUGCCGCCGAUUUAGCGUCUCUGUUUGGUACGGCCGGAAUUCCGUCUGCGAUUAACUGCGCUUCACCGGGAAGUAGUGGUGGUGGAGGUGGCGCCGGUGCAACUGCACAACUCGCCUCUCUGUUCGAUCCGUCAAGUGCGGCACUCUCAUCGCAUUUAUCGGCUGCUGCUGCGUUCAAUCCGUUAGCCGGAAUGACCGAUGCGGCCACCUUACUACAACUCUCUCAGCUAUUCGCCGCACAACAACAGCACUCAAUCGUGCAACAACUUCAUGCCGUUCAACAACAGCAUCAACAAAACAUUCAGAAUCAUCAGCAUCACCAAUCACAACAACAACAACAACAACAACUGCAACAAAUCCAGCAGCAGCAGCAGCAGCAAUCUAUCCAGCACACCAAUUUAAUACCUCAACCUCAUCAACAACAACAACCGCAAAAUACACCA